AAGGAGCCAACGAUGCAGACCGAAUAUCUCAACGCGCCGGACAAACAUUUGCAAACGGGUAUGUGCAUUAAAACUGUGCCGCAAGCUACUCCUCGUCGUGUCGACGACAGCCCUUCUAAAGUAGCUGCUUGAAUGUGAUCUGGUAUACUCAGAGACGCCAAUGAGGUCUUAUGCGCGUGCUGCCCUGCGAGUCGGCCGAGUCCCGCAAGCAAGCCUCCAUGCAAGGACCCUUUUUGAUCGCGCAAACAACAGUGGCACCCUUGUCACUUGUAGAGAACAGGUCCGUAGCUGCUGCUGUAGUUCAAUUUGUUUCUAUCUCAGCUCGCUUGUGACCAGCGGCCAGGCUUGAUUGUGCCUACCUUUCGCGUCGGUUUGGCCAUGAUGCUUGGACCCAAGACUGUGACGCGCGGCGCCACCAAGGGCGCUGCGCCACGCUCCAUGGCAGCCCGUCGCGUCGGUGGUGCACGUCGCCUGUCGGUGCGUGCUGCUGCGGGCCCAGCUGGCUCGGAGAAGUUCGACUACGUGCUUGUCGGGGGUGGCACUGCCUCGUGCGUGCUUGCUAACAAGCUGUCGGCUGAUGGAAACAAGAAGGUUCUGGUUCUGGAGGCUGGCCCUACCGGUGACGCCAUGGAGGUGGCUGUGCCCGCCGGCAUCACCCGCUUGUUCGCGCACCCAGUGAUGGACUGGGGCAUGUCGUCGCUGACACAGAAGCAGCUGGUGGCCCGCGAGAUCUACCUGGCCCGCGGCCGCAUGCUGGGCGGCUCCUCCGGCUCUAACGCCACGCUGUACCACCGCGGCAGCGCCGCCGACUACGACGCUUGGGGCCUGGAGGGCUGGAGCAGUAAGGACGUGCUGGACUGGUUCGUCAAGGCGGAGUGCUACGCCGACGGCCCCAAGCCCUACCACGGCACUGGGGGCAGCAUGAACACGGAGCAGCCGCGCUACGAGAACGUGCUGCACGAUGAGUUCUUCAAGGCCGCCGCCGCCACCGGCCUGCCCGCCAACCCCGAUUUCAACGACUGGAGCCACCCGCAGGACGGCUUCGGUGAGUUCCAGGUGUCUCAGAAGAAGGGCCAGCGCGCCGACACCUACCGCACCUACCUCAAGCCCGCCAUGGCGCGCGGCAACCUCAAGGUGGUGAUUGGUGCCCGGGCCACCAAGGUCAACAUUGAGAAGGGCUCGUCGGGCGCACGCACGACCGGCGUGGAGUACGCCAUGCAGCAGUUCGGCGACCGCUUCACCGCCGAGCUGGCCCCUGGCGGCGAGGUGCUGAUGUGCUCGGGCGCGGUGCACACGCCGCACCUGCUCAUGCUGUCGGGCGUGGGCCCCGCCGCCACGCUGAAGGAGCACGGCAUCGAUGUGGUGUCGGACCUGUCGGGUGUGGGGCAGAACCUGCAGGACCACCCCGCGGCGGUGCUGGCGGCGCGCGCCAAGCCAGAGUUUGAGAAGCUGUCGGUGACCAGCGAGGUGUAUGACGACAAGUGCAACAUCAAGCUGGGCGCCGUGGCGCAGUACCUGUUCCAGCGCCGCGGCCCGCUGGCCACCACCGGCUGCGACCACGGAGCCUUCGUGCGCACCUCCUCCUCGCUCUCGCAGCCCGACCUGCAGAUGCGCUUCGUGCCGGGCUGCGCCCUGGACCCCGAUGGCGUCAAGUCCUACAUCGUGUUUGGCGAGCUCAAGAAGCAGGGCCGCGCAUGGCCCGGCGGCAUCACGCUGCAGCUGCUGGCCAUCCGCGCCAAGAGCAAGGGCAGCAUCGGCCUGAAGGCGGCUGACCCGUUCAUCAACCCCGCCAUCAACAUCAACUACUUCUCCGACCCCGCCGACCUGGCCACGCUGGUCAACGCCGUCAAGAUGGCGCGCAAGAUCGCGGCGCAGGAGCCGCUCAAGAAGUACCUGCAGGAGGAGACGUUCCCCGGCGAGCGCGCCUCCAGCGACAAGGACCUGGAGGAGUACAUCCGCCGCACCGUGCACUCGGGCAACGCGUUGGUGGGCACCGCGGCCAUGGGCGCCUCGCCCGCGGCCGGCGCCGUGGUGUCCUCCGCCGACCUCAAGGUCUUCGGCGUGGAGGGCCUGCGUGUGGUGGACGCCUCGGUGCUGCCGCGCAUCCCCGGCGGCCAGACCGGCGCCGCCACUGUCAUGGUGGCGGAGCGCGCGGCGGCGCUGCUGCGCGGCCAGGCCACCAUCGCGCCCAGCCGCCAGCCCGUGGCCGUGUAAGUUGCAAAAGUCAUGGGAGCCUGUGAGGCCCCUCGUUGGUGAGGGCUGGGAGGGCGUAAGGAAGCGGGUUCGUAGUGGAGCUUUGGCCUCGACUGACUCCGGCUACUGCCGAAGAGGCUGCGGCGGCAAGCUGCUGCAGCCAUCUGCGUUUGCGGUUCGGAGGGACGGGUGAAACGCACGUGAGUAUGGAUUCGGGAGCUUGGCCAGGAGACAGCAACUGAAGGCUGUGGCGUGCAUUCUUAUGGGCGCGCGUUGUGUGCCGUGCGCCGCGCCUGGGUCCGGUAUGCGUGCGCGUGCGCUUCCACGUGCGAACGCGGCACUGCCGCUGGCUCAGAGGCUGCAAUCGGACCGUGCCGGAUGGGGCGUGCAUCGGGAGGUGCCGGGGGGCCCAUGGGUGUGCGUGUGAGAGUGCGUGUGUGUGUCUAUGUGUGUGUGUGUGUGUGUGUGUGUGUGUGUGUGUGUGUGUGUGUGUGUUGCUGUGACGUACCGAACCAGUGCUUGCGCUGGAGAGGUGUGUGCUGCUGCCUUGAGUCAACCUGACGCACUGCCUUUUACUGCGUGUAUGCAGCAGCGCAAUCGUAUGGGGUUGACCUAUGUGUUUACUGCGACCCUGCAUAAAAGUUUUGCUACAUGAAUCGGAAUAAAGAAAGCACAUAAUGGACGGUGCUGUAGCCGUCUCACAGGCAGGCAUUUCUGAGUGCUGUAGCUGUGAGCCCAAGGGAUUUCGGCGAACACAUUCCCCGCAUGCUUUGCAAGCGGGAUUUCAUAUCUACACUGAAGUGUUCGUCGAAACUGAGUACACAGGCGUGCUCCCGGGUGAAUGUUGCUCAUGUUUGUGGCAAAAGGCGGGGGAUUUUGUGACGCCCGCGGUUGAUAUAAGUAGACACGAGAGAAGACUACGAUCAGAGUGCGAACGUGUGUUGUGGCCAGUGAUUUGAAAUGCAGUAGUAGUUGUGGUGAUGUGGCGCACGUGCCGUUGCUGGCCGUUGGUGCGAGGCGAGUGGACACACCGGUGGCAGUUUUAUGAUGGUGAUAGAUGCCUGUGCCGUGGGAGACCAGGCCGGCCGACGUAACGUUGCAAUACGACUGAAAGUCUGGACAUCUCACGACUUGUCAGCGCCGGUCCUGCACGCAGCUGCACACUGAACUGGCUUGCAUGUCAGCACACGUCCGUCUCCCCUGUAGUAGGGACGUUGGUGAAAGGACUUCAAUUGACUUUCCGUGGCCAGUCCAGGGUUACCUACGGUAUAUGGCGUAAAACUACACGUUCC